UCUGAUUUAAAGCUUUCAGGUAGAUUUUCAGAGAUUUCUGUUUUAUUUAUAGCUAGCAUGUGUGGAGAGAAAUAAAAUGGUCAUGUAAUAUGCUGUGCAAUUAUGGUCUCAUUUCAAAGCGCAGAGCUGGAAAUCCGGUUAUUUCUACCUUAAACAUUAAGACAGGGAUAGACACAAAGAAAGAAAAAGCCAAGAACAGUCUCAUCACAAACACUAGUCACUUAUGUAUUCAUACAGAUGGUCAUCGUAACUGUUACACUUAACAGUUAAACCUCUUUCCUCCUUCCACUCCUUAUGGCCCACAUUGAUAUCCUAAUGUUACAAGGAAACUCUGACCUGUCCGGGUGUUCUAAUACAUGAAGUUUUAAUGUUCUCUUGCUUGAAACUUGAGUAGGUGCUCUCCAACCUGUCCUAUAGAAAAUCGGAAGUCCAUUCAUAAAAUGGGCAAAAAAACACGUGCCUUAUUGUAAAAAAAACAAAACAAAACAACAACAGAGUUAGUAAAAACAAAGAGUAUAUUCCAUCUUCACAGAAUAUUCCAUCUGCACAGACAAAAAUAUUAAAUGGAAAUGCACACAAUUUUAUUUCACAGGGAUGCGUUGGAUGCUUGGCCAUCUGCUGAAAAUGUAAGGCUGCCAAAUAUCACAGAUUCACACCUUGAGUCUGGAAAUUGAGUUCACAUGGCAAAUUCAUGCAUCUCUUGUGGUGCCUGCAUUCCACCAGCCUUUCCUUGACCGACUACUUAGUUUUACACUCCAGUGACUUUUAAGCUGGAUUGCUUCACAGUUUUUGAAUGAGCAGAACCCAAUCUUGCAAAGUCUGACUGACUACUCUAGUGCUGCUAGCAGGGUGCAUGCUAGACAUAAUUUUAGAAUUGGGGAAUGUAAGAACAUCAGAGUGCAUGUUCACGGCCCCUGCUCAAAGCCACUGGCAACUAGAAAGGAAUAGUGUUGUGCAGUUCUAGAAAAAUUCUUCCCUUGAUUUUUGAAAAAGUAAUCAAAAGGAAAAUCCUUAAAGAUUGAACCUUAAUGGGGCAUCAGCUUACACAACAAAAAAACCCUGAGACUUCCUUGAGGAUCUCACUUAAUCAAAACACAGCCACACUUCUAAUUCAUAUAAACCUAUUCCUUGUGUCCAAAUAACUGGGAGCGUGUGACCAGUGUCCUAAUUUAAUUUAAAGGGAGUUAACAAGAUCAGGACAAAGGCAACAGCAGCAUAACAAAGUUUCAGGCAGUCUCACUGAAAACAUCACACGGAUACAUCAUCUCGCCACUGUCUGUAGCUGACUGCUUUAUAGUGAGAUUUGCAAGACAGCACAAAAAUCACCCAUACAGUUGUUGAAUCUGGCAGGAAGUACAUUCCUAGCACCUACUGGAAAUUGGCAAGACAACAAAUAUAGAUUGCACCAGUUAAUGCUCAGAAGCCUACCUAACAUUAAUGUUGGUUUUCAUAAUGUUUCCUGGUACAUUAAAGUCAUUUUUAAGCUCUUCAAUAAUUUAUCAGGUAGACAGCUAAUUAGCCAGCCAUCCAGAUUUUUAUCAUUGAAACUGUGGCAUACCUCCAGUGCCCUCACAGCUCAAAGCUCUGGGGUCCACAUCCAGCUAGAACACAACUACAUGUACCUCUGUGACUGCAGCUUAUAUUGCUUUACUCCCCCUGAAAGCAGACUAACUAUUGCAAGCACUGCCAUCACUAUGCCUACAACAAAAGGCCGCAAAAUUAAAGAAAGUCAGGUCCAAAAAGCUGGACAUACAUUCAGACUCGAUGCUUUCACUAAAUUAUUUGUUCAUAUUUGUUCAUUAUUUGUCUUGCCCGACCCACCUAGUUCACAGGUAGCUCUGGUAGCAUUGCUGAGCUGUGCUCACUGCUACACAGACUAAUUUUGCAUAACAAAAGGCACUUCAUUUCCUGUUUUGAUGUUUGUAAGGAAUAUUUUUUCACUGAAUGACAUGCCUCCUUGGGCCCAGGACACCCGCUGAAUGAUGUGUCCUUUUCUGUGGGUUGCAACAGAAACCUCAAAGAGCAUUUCUCAAGAUUAAACCUCACCUGCUUAACCUGCAAAAUAGGAAUAAGCCUCACCUGCACCUUAAGAUUUACGUUAAGAGCACUCACGCAGUAAAGCUUGCUGCCUUCCCUGCCCAUAAUGGGACAUGCCGAGCACCCCUUGAAAUUAGGAGGUAUCUGUAAUGCCUUCUCCCUUCCAAUCUGUUGCCAUUAUUUGAAAAUCACUUCCUCCUCAUCUCUUCUGAAGGUCUUCAGGUUGGUUUGCUUUGGUUUUUCGGUCGGUUGCUCAGUUUUUGUUUGUGGGGGAAGGCUUGGUGCCGAUUCCUGCUGCCACAUUUGUUUGCAGAACUCUGACUCUGCGGUCACAUACCACACCGUCCCUCUGCUCGUAAGCCAGAUGGAUUUCUCAGAACUCGAGCUUUAUCGGCCGGCUCUUUCUGCAGUUUUCCCAGUGGGAUAGAAAGAAAUUAAAUUUAAACUAGGCUUUAAAUUAUUCAGAGGUAAUUGAGUCUCGAAACUCAUACUCGAGAACGAUCACCCGGUAAAGCAGCAAAAUGCGAUUUUGGGAGAGAGGAAACGGGGAGGAUUUGGGAACUGACGCGUCACAUUAAGCACAGCGAAACCGCUGCUGCUAUCGCUCCUUGUAGCGCAGGGCAUGAGCCGCUCCUUCAUUCCGGCGAUGCGGAACGUCAUUCCUGCCCGCAACGCUUCUCCCCAGAGGAACCAGCCGCGCAGCGCGCUUCGCCCCGGCAGCUCUGGCGGAGCCCCGCAUCUCCACCGCGCCUGCGCGCCCCCGCCCCGUCGCCGGGACGACAGCGGCCCGCGGCAUGUCGCUGCCCGAGGCGCUGCGGCGCCGGCUGGGCUCGUUCAGCCGCACCGUUUUCACCGACAGCCGCCGCGCCGGCCCGCAGCACCCCAGCGAGCGCGCAGAUAAUGAAAUACUUUCCAGUUUACCACUACAGAUGUCCCUCUAUUUCAACGUUUACUUUUUCCCAUUUUGGUGGCUCAGCACAAUUGUUAUGCUCCAGCUGAAGUAUCCAGUCUUGUCAGAUUACUACAAAUUCAUCCUGGUCACAGUCAUGAUCCUGACUUCUCUAAUAGAGGUCAUUCGACUCUACCUGGGAUACAUGGGCAACCUGCAGGAGAAGGUCCCUGAGCUGGCUGGGUUUUGGCUCCUGACUCUCCUUCUGCAGUUACCUGUAAUUCUCUUCUUGCUAUUUAAUGAAGGUCUGAACAUUCAGCCAUUGGAAAGAUCAGUUAAUAUCAUCUUUGCCCUCUUCCUCAUCUUCCAAGUUAUUGCAGCCUUUCUCACCCUGAAAAGAAUGGUCAACAAACUGGCAACUCACUUCCACCUUAAUGAAUUUGACAGGCUAGAGGAACAUCCCGUGCGUCAUCGUUACGGCCCGAGUAAAGAAGAGAAUAUACUUCCCAUGGCUAGUAUGGGUCCAUGCUGAGGAGCUUCAUACAACAAGUUUGGGCUGGGGAUCAAGCACUUAGGGCCUGAGAUACUAACAGAGGCAGGCCUUAUGAUGCUACAGCUCUGUUCCAUUUUGUUGGGUCAUUAUCUAUAUUUCUACUUCAGAGACAUUAAGAAAUAGACCGUAAGUGCCAACGUUAAACCUCAGAGUUGAGCUCCAUUCUGCAAGAAAAAUCAAAGCCAGUGAUGUAAGUUGCUGAGUGGACCAAUUAAUUUGCACACUUUGCUGGGUAAAGUACCUACAGGGUAGGUUUGGUGGGUUUUACAUCUUAAAAAGUCACGUGCCAUUUCUAAAGAGCAGAAAUCUAUUUUCCUAACUGUUUGCACAGACAUAUUUUGUUUACAAUAAAUCCUUUUUGUAUGUUUGUAUUUACAUCAGUUUUUUGUCUAUUCUUCCAGAUGCUGUAGAUAUUUAGUUAAGCAAAAACAAGCAAGAUUCUUGAAGCUAGAAAAAACAGUAGGGGUGCCAGUGAUGAGAGACUACAGCCUGAGGUGGUCUUCCAGAGAAUUCCAGCACUAGGAAUUGCUUACUAAUAAACUAGGGUGGAGUUUUUAAAAUAUUCUUUUGCUCAAAACUCCUGCAUUCCUCCUCUUUGGCUUAGCUGGCGUUUUAACUAUCAAGCCAUUCAAAAUGAACGGUACAAUUUUCUCAGACAGAAAAUUCGAUAAGUCAGAUGUAGCAAAAUUAUAGCCAUAAAAAAAUUGGUUUAUGUCACUGACUGUUUCUUACAGGCCACUAUAUAUGCCACAGUUUUCUCAUUUGUAUUGAUGUCUAGACUAUCUUUUUCAGUUUCAGUAAUUGCUGAAUGCUCAGUUUUUUCUGUCAGGGAGGGAUAAAAUAAAAUACAUUUUUCUUCUGAAUCCUUAGUUUUCAGUAGGACAAAAGUAAGCAAUUUUCAGAGCUGGCACAAACAUCCAGGCUGCUUGAAGAAAGGUGAAGAAGUCUGAUGUGAAAAAGGCAGAGUAUACUUAAAGCUGUUGUAUGGUUAAAGCUCACAGAACCUUUGUGAAAAAAGAAAGCGUUGCACUUAGUUUUAUGCCAGAACUCUUUGUUUCAAUGCAUGAGUGAACGUACAACUCAUUCUAUUGAAUUUCCUUUUCUUAUUUUGUUACUGUGGACUAUAUACUAUCAAGGCACAUACUCCUUCGUUUUCAAACAAAAUGCUUCUACCAACAGCAGAAUUGGCUGUUGUGUGGAAGAAGCAU